AUGUCGACCGCAACAGCGACGGCGAUUCAGAGCUCUCGCCCUCCCAUCGCUCCCAAAGACUUCUCCGCUCAGCAACCACAAACUAUUCGUCUAUAUCCCCUCUCGAACUAUACUUUCGGGACCAAGGAAACGCAACCCGAGGAAGAUCCCUCCGUCCUGGCCCGCCUGAAACGCCUCGAAGAGCACUAUGAGAAGUAUGGCAUGAGACGGACCUGCGAGGGUGUUCUUGUGUGCCAUGAGCAUAACCACCCGCAUGUGCUCAUGCUGCAGAUUGCGAACGCCUUCUUCAAGCUACCCGGAGAUUACCUUCCCUUCGAAGACGACGAGGUCGAAGGGUUCAAGAAGCGGCUCAACGAGCGGCUUGCGCCCGUCGGAUCGCAGUUCUCCGGCGAGGGAGUCAACGAGGACUGGGAGAUCGGGGAUACUCUGGCGCAGUGGUGGCGGCCCAACUUCGAGACGUUCAUGUACCCAUUCCUGCCCGGCCAUGUGACUCGACCCAAGGAGUGCAAGAAGCUGUAUUUCAUUCAGCUGCCCAAGAAGAAGGUCCUCUCCGUCCCGAAGAACAUGAAGCUCCUCGCCGUGCCGUUGUUCGAAUUGUACGACAACACUGCGCGGUACGGGCCGCAACUAUCGGCGAUCCCGCACCUGCUGUCCCGGUACAACUUCGAGUUUGUGGAUGAGAACGAUAACGUGGUGGCCGCGACGCCCGGCACCCCUCUGCCGGAGGGCCAGACGCUCCGGACUAAAGUGCUGGCGGGCGAUAGUGGUGAUGGGCAGGAUGAGGGGAUGACGGAUUACACUCCUGAGGUUGGGGAGAAUGGCACGGUCGCUGCGUGA